CUCACUGUUUCUGAAGUAUGAAGUGACCACCUCCCAAGAAGACUUGCAUAAUUCAUCAUCAUCACCGUACCAUCAUCUAAAAGGAUAAAAGACACACCGGCAUAAGCUUCAAACUCCAAACCCAAAGCUAGCUAAAUUGGAUGAGUCUAAUGUAGUAGAAAAAUGGUUAUGAUCAUGUACUUUUUUGUGUUGAAUGUUGCAGAAUGUUUUAUGGACCAGGGGGGCCAUACGCGCUGUUUGCAGGAAGGGACGCAAGCAGAGCGCUAGCUAAGAUGUCAUUCGAGGAAAAGGACCUUACCGGCGACAUUUCCGGGCUAGGCGCCUUUGAGCUCGAUGCUUUACGCGACUGGGAAUACAAAUUCAUGAGCAAAUAUGUCAAGGUUGGGACUGUCAAGAGUGGAGGAGCAUCGCCACCAGAAGGCGGCGAUGACGUGACUCGUGGCAGCGGUGCACCCACAGAGACAACCAAUGGCGUUGACCGUGCGGCGGAAGAAAGUCAACCGGAGAGUUCUAUAGAUCAUGAGACAUCAUCAGGUGGUGGUGAUGGUGAGAAAAAAGAUUAAUGCUGGGCAUUAGUUCAUGAAGCAUGCACAAGUUACAUCAAGUCCUUCAAAACCCAGAAAAUUGAUCUCAUGGAUGACGUUUAGAAACUUUUGGUCAGUUGUUAAGAUGAUGAUUUUGGAAUUUGGAUGUGUGAUUUGUAUUUAGCCAUUUAGCUAGAAAUCAAAUUAUAUUAUAAUUAAGUUCAUCUGAUCGACGCAUUGCCUUCAUUGCC